AUGAGCCAGGCUGGCGGGGCCACCACCAGUGGCACCAUGCUCCCACAGGCUGUGGCGAACACCGCGACAUCUGUGGGACCCCCAGACCCUGCGCCUAAGAGCCCUGUGGCCAGCAGUGUGCCCCAGGCCCCAGCACUCACCAGGCUGCUUGCAGGGAGCCCCAGUGGAGACGCAGUCCCCAGGCCAGCCCAGGCCUCAUCACCUCCCACAGGCAGUGGGGACGCAAAGAAUAAGGUUCUCGCCACCAAAGUCUAUGGCACUGUCAAAUGGUUCAAUAUCAAAAAUGGAUAUGGAUUUAUAAACCAAAAUGACACUGAAGAAGAUGUGUUUGUACACCAGAGUGCCAUCAAGAAGAAUAAUCCACGCAAGUAUCUGCGUAGUGUGGGGGAGGGAGAAAUUGUAGAGUUUGAUGUGGUUGCAGGAAAAGGGGGUCCUAAAGCAACAAAUGUGACUGGCCCAGAUAGAGUUCCAGUAGAAGGGAGCAGACAUGCUGCUGAUCGGCACCAAUAUGGCAGGUGCCAUGGACCUCCCCCUAAUGCUGGUGAGAUUAGACAAAUGAAAGAUGGAGUCCCCGAGGGAACACAACUCCUGGUCCAUUGGAAUCCAACCUACCUCCCGAGGUUCCGCAGGGGACCCACUCACCCAAGCACGAGCCCAUAUCAUUCCCUACAGAUGGUAAAGGACACGGAAAGAGCCAGCUCCAAGAGUGUCCCCCCACAGAAAUCCUCUCCGAGAAACUCCAGGACAAUGAGUAAUCCCCAGCCUAGUUCACAAGACUAG